AUGUGCUGGUAUAUUGGUAAAGACAAGUUGAAUAUAACUGUUGAAAUAACGACGGACGAAAGUUCCGAAGUCGAGAUUCAAAUAGAUGAGAGGGAAGCGACGCCGUCAGCUGCAGAAUCAGUGCCGAUUUCGGCAUCCGUGGCCAUAAGCGGCCAAUUGCCGUCGAGUCAGGAGCUGCCUUACAUUACACCGCCUUCGCCGAGACCGAUCCCCGAGCCCGCAGUUCACUUUAGUGGGGAUUCAACUGAUUCUGCCAAGGGCUACACAAGUAUAUCAGUACGGGAGCCACUGAGUAACAUUCGUGCUCAAACCAUCAAACCAUCUCAACCCCACUAUGCCACCGUAUCUGAUGAUUCUGGUAAUCAUAAUUUUAUUAGUACAUUUCUAGCAUUAAAUAGUUACGUAGAUGUAUUAUUAGUAUGUAAAAAAGUUCUAGUGCGUGCGACAUCAUCCGGAAUUACGUCAUCCCAGUCUAGUUUUAAUUAA